CCUUAAAUUAUGACAAAAAUUAUUUAAUUCAAUAUAAAUAUUAUAUAUUAUGUCAGGUUUAGAUUUAUUAAGUAUAUAUAUGUCUGAUUCUGAAGAUGAUGAAAUUAAUGAUAAGAAUAAAUUUAACGAAAAUUUUAAACGAUUACCUUUACCUGGAAGUAUUAUAUCAUGGAAAGGUGUUCCUCAUCAUGAAGAAGUAUAUGAUGAUCCAUCGCAACAUGAUGGAAGAGUAAGAAGCUUUAAACAUGAACGUGGUAACUGGGCUACUUUAAUUUAUAUUAAUUAUGAACCUAGUGAAGCUAUAUUUUCAUGGAUAUUUUCAGUUUUAGAAGAAAUAAAUAUUAAAUGUAAUAUAUUUUCUGAACAAUUUCACAUUAGUCUAACAAAAACUUUAAUUCUAAAAUUUCAUUGGAUUGAAUCCUUCAUAAAAGAAACUAAGAAAUUAUGUGAGCAGACAGAUCAAUUUGAUUUGAAGCUUUUAAAUGUAAAGGCAUAUACUAAUGAAGAAAAUACUCGUACAUUUCUUGGAAUAGAAUGUGUUGAUUGUAAUGGAGUUCUUGCUUGUUUUGUAGAAAAUAUUAACAAGUUUCUUGCUGAAUAUGAUUUACCACCUUUUUAUGAAGAUUCUUCCUAUCAUAUAAGUUUCUUAUGGUGUCUUGGCAAUGAAUUUGUAGUUUUAAAUAAUUAUACACAUUCUUUGACUACUAAAUUAAAUCAAUUUUUGCUUGAACAUUCAGAAGAAAGAUACAUACAUAUUACUAAAAUACAUCUUAAGAUUGGAAAUAAAUUGUAUGCAUUUAAAUUAAAAUAAUAAUUUAUAAUUUCUUAUAAAAUAAAUGUACAAUAACUAUUUCUUAUUAUGUAAAAAAUAUAUAAAUAUUUAUUUUAUAUACUUGCUAUUGAUUUUCUGUUCAUAAAGUUUUAAAUCAAUAAAAAAGAUAUCUUAUAA